AUGGACCCGCUUGUGCCGCCUCCAGAAAUCAAUGUGCUCCUGCUUGGGGAUGCAGAGGUCGGGAAGUCCACAUUUCUCUCACGUCUUUCCCUCGGCGUAAAGCCCACCGGCGAUUCAUUGCCUCCGUACGAACUGCCUGUCCUCCGUGAUAGUGAUCAGCCCUUCGCCUUUAAUGUCACUCUCUAUGGCCGGCCCUACGCGCUCAACUUGUUUGAUACCGCCUCGCCCACGAACUAUACACUCCUUCGACCCGACUUUGUCAUAUUGUGUUAUGAUAUAUCGAAGCGUUCGACGUUGUAUUCACUGCGCACAUAUUGGCGAACAGUGGUGAAUUCGCACUUUAAUUAUGAUGAGGCGCUCCCAGUCAUGGUCUUAGGCUUGAAACGUGAUUUGAGAAGAGAAUGGACAGAGGAGGAGAAGAAGGACGGCGGCCGAGGCGAGAGCACCAUGCCACAGGAGGGGUUGGCUGUCGCGCAAGAGUUGCUGUGUGAUCGAUAUGCAGAGUGCAGUGCUCUAACCGGCGAGCUGUGUAGGGAGGUGCUGGAGGAUGUGGCGAAGACCUGUGCAAAGACCACGACGGUGAAAGGCGCGAAAUCCGCGGGCGCAAACUGUUUGGUGAUGUAG